GCCAGAGUAAUACUCCUAAAUCCUUGAUAUUUGCAUUCAACCAACUCGACUCUGCCGUAACCAUGCCGGCAGACGCAGAAACCCGAAACAACAAUCUCGUCCUUACAGCACUCUUCAAGCAAAUCGAUAUUGGCGCACAUGGUGCCAUCGAUUUCAACCGUCUAGCUGAAGAUAUUGGUGUUAAUGGUCAGAAUGCUGCUCGGCAUCGCGUUAAUCGAUUCAAAAAAUGUUCUACUAGGACUGAUGGUGUGCCUCCCACUGCUGCCGAUGUCAACAACAAUCUUCUCGUUAUGGGCGCCCUUUUUAAGCAAAUCGAAAUUGGCAGGAUCGACUUCAGACGCUUGGCGAAGGACAUGGGCGUUAAUGGUCAAAAUGCUGCGAGACAUAGGUGCAAGCGGCUUCUGAAAAGUUUUGGCAUAAGCAAGCCAAGCAGAGCGGAUGGGGAAGAGGGUCGAAAUGAUAGAGGUGAUGGCGGCGGAGAUGACGAAAAGAAGCUCGGAAAGAAUCCUGGAAACAAAGAUGGGAAAGAGGACAGCAAGAAGAGCGACGAAGCAGUAUUGAAACCUGUGAAGGUCGAAGCGAACACCAAACUUGCUCGAAGAAACCCGCCUGGCUCGCCACUGAAGUUUGAGAUUACAAGGGAGGGAAGCGGUCUAGAGUCACUUAACAAAGAUGGCAAGAGAACGACAGAGGAAACGUAUGGAGAUUUGACUGGCGAGAAACAGGGGGCGAGGUUGAUGCAAAUGCCGGCGAGAAAACCCCCGAAGAUGGGUACAACGAAGAGUAUUAAAAAGAGAAAUAGGGGUAAACAAGGGAAUGAUAAUGAUACCGAGGGGGAUAACGAGGGCUUUGAGUCUGGGUUUGAGGACAUCGAUUAUACCAAGGUUGCCGAGAAGAAGAGAAGGGUUGCGGUGGACGAAUACAGUGGCGAGGAAGAUUGGGAAGCUUAGGUACACGUUGAAAUUCUACCGACCCGAAUGUACUGUGAGACUAUUCCAGAUUUGGCGUUGUAUCUCUUAGAAUAUCUGAGAAUAGGGUGUGUAGUUUGGCAUCGGCAUUGACUUUGUGUGCGAAACCUCUAUCAGGAUCUUUCAUUGCUAUGGACUAUGAAGCUUGAUUCUAGAAUACAGCCAUGAUUCAUACCAGAAGGCUUUUUCAUGAAAACUCGGUGCACAACUGUGAAACUGAGUGAUAAGUUUAUUUCCCCGUAGUAUCUUUACCUCGUCUGUUAUUAUGAGCAAAAGGAAUUCUUCCAUUUUGGUCUAGCUUCGUUCAAGAAACUGGGAAAUACAACUAUAAAGAGCUUGAUAUCCA